AUGGCCUCCUCCUCGGUGAGGGCCAUGAUGGCGAAGGCGGCGACGACGUCUCCGGCCUUCUUUAGCGACAGCAACUCCGUGCAGGGGCGGAAGGAGCGGAAGGACGCGAUACGGCGGGAGCGGAAGGAGCGUGGCGCGACCCUGUCGCAGUGGUACGGGAUGCGGAAGGCGAACCUUGGCGCGGAGCAGCGACGCGAGCUGGAGCUGCUGCACUUCCGCAACUUCGUCAACCCCGAACUGAAGCACCAGGCGCCGAAAAAGAGCAGCAAUGAGCAAACCGAAUUCGUGGAGUUUGGCUUCUUCGCUGGCACGGGGCGAAACAAACGGCGCCGCCUCAAGUCAUUCGCAGACGAGUGGAUUGCGGAGAAUCCCGAGUUGGAGCAGGUGGUGGCAAAGCGGCUGAAGCGAAACGUGCGGCUGAACCGCAAGACAAAGCAAAUUGUGGCAAAAAAAGCCGCAAGAGAGGCGGCUCGUGCGAAGGCUAAAAAAACGACGAAACGACCCAAAAAGAAGGAGUUGCUCUUCUGA